AUGGCCCUGGCAUUCACAGUCCUGCUCCUGCUGGGGACGCUGGGCACAGCACGUCCCAGCCCAUCACUAACUGCGUGCCUGGUGCGUGCAGCUGGCAGGGCUCAGCCCGUGCUGAGCCAGCCGCACUCCGUGUUCGUGCAGCCCGGGCAGAGCGCUCGGCUCUUCUGCACCCUGAGCCCGCAGUACAACAUCAGCCACUUCGGCAUCUCCUGGUACCAGCAGCGCCCGGGGCACUCCCUCCAGUACCUGCUCUAUUACAACUCCGAGCGGGACAAGCACAAGCCUGCCGGGACUCCCGAGCGCUUCUCGGCCACCAAAGACCUCGCCAGCAACGCCUGCAUCCUCACCAUCGCAGCCGCCUGCCAGGACGACAACGGCACCUACUACUGCGCCCUGUCCCCGGCCCUCAGGUGGCUCUAGGGAGGCACCUGGAGCUUUCUGCACUUCCCUUGGCCACCCUCUCCCAGCAGGGAGAGCAGCAGCCCUGGGAGGGAUGGGGAAAAUCCAUCUUGGCACGCUUGAGCUUGCCGUGUGCUGGGCAGUGCAGCAGGCUCCUCU